AUAAAGCCUGAGCCAAUUACUAAAUUAAUUGCAAAUUAUAGAAAGAUGAAGAUGAAACAGCUUUCUGUUUUUUCGGUACUUUUAUCGGGAUUUCUAAUCCUUCUUUUUCUUCAAGAUGUAAAUGCUAAAGCUGACAAGAUUUGUAUGAAAGAUUUGGGAUGCUUCGAAAGAAAAGGAGACUUUUUUCAUCCUUUAUAUCGUCCUAUUGAUAUGUUACCUCAGCCACGAGAAACUAUAAACACGCGUUUUAAACUUUAUACAAACAAAAAUCCUAGAGAGCCAUAUAUUUUAAGUACAGAUGACAAAAGUUCUCUAUGUUCUGAAGAUUCGCCACUCGAUGUCAAUAAGCCUACAAGAUUAAUUACACAUGGAUUUAUGGACACAGAAUUGUUCGGAAAAUGGCAAGAAGAAUUAAAAGACGAACUACUGUUAAACGAAGACAUUAAUUGUAUAAUUGUAGACUGGAGUGGAGGAAAUAAACCUCCAUAUACUCAAGCUACCGCUAAUACUAGAGUUGUAGGAGCAGAAAUAGCAUUUCUUCUCAAAACUUUAACGGAUUUAUGUGGGUUAUCGACUAUGAAAGUCCAUAUCAUUGGACACAGUUUAGGAGCUCACAUAGCAUCUUACGGAGGAGCAGGAGUUCAGAAAUAUAACCUUACAGUAGGAAGAAUUACUGGAUUGGAUCCUGCUGAACCUUAUUUCCAAAAUAUGCCUACAACUGUAAGACUCGAUCCAACUGAUGGUGAUUUUGUAGAUGUUAUACAUUCAGAUGCCAAAACAAUAUUACUUUUAGGUUUUGGAAUGGAACAACAAGUAGGCCACAUUGAUUUCUAUCCAAACAAUGGAAGAAAUCAACCAGGUUGUAAAUCUAGUAAAUUUACUGCAUUCAUUGUAUCCGGUCUCGUUGAAGGUUCACGAAGAUUUAUCAGUUGUAACCAUCAAAGAGCUAUAGAUUUCUUUAUAGCAACUACUAAUCGUAGAGGUUGUCUCCCAGUUGGAAUUGGCUGUAAAGAUUGGGAAACAUUCUUAGAAGGAAAAUGCACAGACUGUGCUCCAGACGGAAGCAAAUGUGGUAUUAUGGGUAUUCGAGCAUACGAAUUUUAUCCACAUAAAAGAGAUGAUUUCCAAUUGAAGACUUUUUUAAAAACUACUGGAAAAUCGCCAUUUUGCUUGUAUCAUUACGCCAUUCAAGUGAAAUUGUAUAAUGCAAAGAAGAGUAAAAAUCAAGAGGGAAAAUUGACCGUAUCAUUGAAUGGCGCUUUGGAAGAAGUUGAAGCUCCGUUAAGUAAAGAAAACGAAGCUCUUUAUCACGGUAGUACUUACAAAUAUUUAUUUACCACAUCGAAUAUUUUAGGAGAUAUUAAGUCAGUAACAUUCUCUUGGAAACAUCACAGAGAUCCAAAAAAUCCAUUAACAUGGGGAAUUCUACGAAAACCAAAAUUAUAUGUAGAAUAUAUUAAGGUGAUUCCUCUAAAUUACGUUGAUAUGAAAGAACGUAGUAAGAAAAUCGGUAAAUAUUGUUUUGGUAAAGAGAAGGAUAUAGAAUCGGGUAAAGCAGCAACAUUCAUUCUGGAUUGUUAAAUAUUAUCAUGAAAUGAAAUAAAAUUUUUAAUUAAACAGUU